GUUGGGCUUCACUCGUUUCCUGGUGGACGGGAUUUAGGUGCACGGGACGACGCAAUGAGUGAGAGCCAAAGGAAGGACAAUGACGCAAGAAGAAGUGUUGUUAGCGAAUCGCUUGGAAAGCUGCUGCCGGCUGUGCUUUUCCGGUGAAGAUCUGAACUGCAGUCUGUUCCCAGACGACCGCUCCCGGGCGGAGCACCACCACCAGCACCGUCGCCCCCCACCGGUGGAGGAUCGGCGCAAUCGGAACGGUGUCGAGGAGGAUCGCCGCGAGCAGAUCGUCGAGAUGAUCUUGGAGUGCACCUCGAUUCAGAUAACCUUGGAGGAGGACUACCCGGCGAAGGUCUGCGAAAAGUGUGUCGAAACGCUCGACAAGUUUUAUCAGUACCGGAGGCGCUGUCUGCUAAACGAUCAGAUACUGCGUACCGAGCGACUCCGAGGUCACAUGAGUGGCAAGGCGGCGGGCGGCCCGGUACGGUACGCAAGUGAAACGGCAAACCAACGCCUGCCGCCAUCAUUCCCGCAGGUGGAAGGGACACAGCCGCUACAAACCCUCCAGCAGCAGCCGGCGGCGUUCUGCUCACCGUCGAUUAGGAUCAAGAGCGAGCCUUUGGCGCUUUUGGAACGACCAUCUGCCGAGGAGGGCGACCGGGAGGAGCAGGAGGAGGAGCAGGACGAGCGAAGGCGGCGGCGAGCGGGAGGGGAGCAUGAUGUUCCGCCCGCAGCACCACCGCCACCGGCGGAGUCGUCUUCGUCGAUCCUACGCAGUAUACUGUUGCAAACGCGCGAUCAAUCCACGGCCAGCCAUCGAUCGUCGCCCAACACGGACUCGGAGUCACCCGCGCGCCAAACACCCCCGCAGCCAGCCACGCUGGCAACUCCCGCAAAUGCCUCGCCCGGUGCAUCGGGGGCCGCUGGUCCGGAGGAGGACAUUAAACCCUCGCUCCUACAGCAGAUGCUUCUCCAACAAGGAUCUCCGGCGCGAUCUUCGCCACCGAAAGCGGCAUCCAUCAGUAGCCCCGUUUGCGCCGUCCUCGAGAGUGCCACAACGACCCCUUCCGCGUUGGGUUCCUCUUCGUCGCUCCUGAAGCGGAUGCUGCUCGAUGGUGCCGGCGGAAGUAGUAUGGGAGCCGGCCCGUCAAUGGAGCCGCUCCCCAGGACGAAGAGUGAACCUCCGACAACCGUCGAUUCGCCAUCGCCACCCGUCAUCGGCGAACCGGGGCGGGCUUUGGAGAUGGCGGCCAACGAAACGCCGCUCGCCUCGCAGCUUCGGUCCAUUCUCCUACAGCACCGGUCUGUGCUCGCCUCGCACGGCCAGGUGACGGAACAGACCGCCACCACUGCGACCCCGAACAGCCCGCCAGAGAAGCCUGAAGUGUCGUACGUACGAAGUUUGUUCCUGCGAAAUGACGCUUCGGACGAUUCCGACGGUGAGCCACCGGCAACAGAUGACCAGCGGGAGCUGCUCUUGUACGCGAUGUUUCACGAGCUCCGCGCACGCCAACAGCAAGCUCCCGGGUGCUCCUCGGACGAUUCGGACGAUUCCGAGGAGCUGCCGCACGACUACCGGAUGCCGAGCGUCGUCCGACGCCGGAGCACCGAAUCGUCGACCGAUUCCCGUGCCAGUAAACGGCGCCGCAUGGAGUAUCCUUGUCUGCUGUGUGGGCGAUCGUUUGCCGGUCGCACGAAACUCGUGCUGCACAUGCGCACGCACAUGAUGGACACAGUGGCGGUGGCUGCGGCGGCGGCGGCCGCAACAGUGCCCGCUGCACACUCGCCACAUCCUGCGGGUGUUCCUCCUUUGGCGAAUGGUGGCGUUGGUGAUGACGCUGACGGUAACCGAUCCCCCUCGCUGCGAGUCGCCGCUAACUUCCACAACCACUCGCUGCUUCUGGGUGGCCACCCCAGCAGCGGGAUUGCAGCGGGCGAUGGAUCGGGUACCAACGAGGACGAAAUCGAUCUACUGGAGCGGCGAUCGUACGCGUGCUACAUUUGCGGGGCCGACCAGAGCAACCUGCAGCAGCUGCGGGAGCAUUUGCUGGCGGCGCACCAGGAUCGGGUACGGUCCCGCGGCAGGACGCGCGAGCGACCGAAAGCGUCGAUCAGCUGCGAGAUUUGUGCCCGCCAGUUUCGCAGCCAGUUUGCGUACGGCGAGCACAUGCGGACGCACACCGGCGAGAGGCCGUUCCCGUGUGAUCAGUGUGAUAAGCGAUUUCCGCGCCGGUUCCAGCUGCUCGGCCAUCUCUACAACGUUCACAAACAGUCCUGGGUGGCCGACGAAUCGAAAGCCAAGUUCGCGAAGAAGUGAACCCCAGCGGGAACUGGUUCCGGCGCAGCGAUGGGCAUGCGUGGGACAGAGAGGAGGCGAACAACAAUACGAAUUUUACCUUUGUAACAAUAUGGGGGUUUGUCCCUGUCGCGCUUAAGAAUGCUGUAGUGAAUUAGAGAGAAUGAAAGAAAACAAGGAACUCACAACAGAUGUCCGAGACAU